CACACACACACACACACACACACAGAAAGUCCCAGCACUGCCUCUUGUUCCUGUACCCGAGAAACCUGUGUUUGUGAAUGUGGUUAUCCACUCUCUUUACAUGCCUUGUGGGAACUACAAGUGAAGAUCCAGGAUGGAGGUUUAUAUCGUGGGGAUUUGCAUUGCAGUAUGUGGAAACUUUCUCAUCAGCAUCUCCUUAAAUAUCCAGAAAUACACGCACAUGCGUCAGUCUCAGCGAGGGACGAAGCCGUACUACACCAGCCGUCUGUGGUGGUGUGGGAUCCUGCUCAUGGGUUUGGGAGAGCUGGGAAACUUUGCAGCAUAUGGAUUCGCUCCGGCGUCGCUCAUCGCUCCUCUCGGCUGUGUGUCUGUCAUCGCGAGUGCUGUUAUUUCUGUGGUGUUCCUCAAGGAAACGUUACGAGCUUCAGAUAUCCUCGGAGGUGCUUUAGCUCUGAUUGGCACCUACUGUCUGGUGACCUUCGCCCCUCAUUCGUCCCCUCAUGUGACGGCCAAUAUGGUGGAGCGUUCGCUGGUCAGCUGGCAGUUCCUUAUUUACUUUUUGUUUGAAGCGAUUCUCUUCGCUGUCCUGAUGUAUUUCUAUAAGUGCAGGAACGUGAAACACAUCGUAAUCAUGAUGAUCUUGGUGGCGUUACUCGCGUCAGUGACGGUGAUCUCAGUGAAGGCCGUUUCAGGAAUGAUCACGGAGACGAUCCGUGGAAGUCACCUGCAGCUGACCUAUCCCAUCUUCUACAUCAUGUUCAUCAUCAUGGUCACGUCCUGCGCCUUCCAGAUCAAGUUUCUGAAUCAGGCCAUGAAGCUGUUCGACGCCACUGAGAUUGUGCCCAUCAACUACGUUUUCUUCACCGCCAGCGCCAUCGUUGCCGGCAUUUUAUUUUAUGAAGAAUUUUAUGGUUUAUCUAUAAUACACAUCAUCAUGUUUGUGGUCGGGUGUCUGCUGGCAUUUACUGGAGUGUUCCUGAUCGCAAGAGCUCGUCCCAGAAUCAAGAUGGACCGCGUGUUCAUUUCCAUGGGCCAGAUUCCAGGCAAAAGUUGUACGGAUAAAGUGCAGCCGCAGUCUGACGACAGUAAAUAUGGAAAACUGGCAUCUAAAUUAACCUGCAACAGCGAAAUACAGCAGGAUGAGCCAUAGAGAGAGCGCCACCUGCAGGGGGAACAGAGGAACUAACACUCAGUGUGUGAGAGUGCGUGUGUGUGUGUGUGUGUGUGAGAGAGAUGAGUGUGUGUGUGUGUGAGAGAGAGUGUGUGUAAGAGAGAGAGAGAGAGAGAGAG